AUGGAUGAGAUAUUUAAGAGGAUGAAGCAGGUUUCUGAAAGUGGAGAUAUUGAUGCCUUUUACAUCUUAAUUCGAGAGGAUGUUAACCUUUUGGAUCACAUCGAUAAGAUACCAUUUGUUGAUACUCCUUUACACAUAGCUACAUCUGCUGGGCACAUCCAAUUUUCCCUAGAGAUGAUGGGGUUAAAGCCCUCAUUUGCUAGGAAACGAAAUCUAGAUGGGUUUAGCCCCAUUCACCUUGCACUUCAAAAUGGGCAUAUUAAGCUGGUGCGUCGGCUUAUACAGGCUGACGGGAACCUUGUUCGUGUCAAAGGAAGGGAGUGGCUCACUCCGUUGCAUUUUGUAGUAGCAAAAGGUGAUGACCUAGAUCUAUUAGAUGAAUUUCUAUUAAUCUGUCCUGAUUCUCUUACAGAUGUAACCAUACAAAAUGAGACUGCUUUGCAUAUUGCCCUCAAAUAUGACAAGCUCGACACUUUUAAACUCCUGGUGGGAUGGCUUGGAAGUAAUUGGUCCGAAAAAGCUUCAUUUUAUGAAAGAGCAAUCUUGAACUGGAAGGAUGACGAAGGCAAUACUAUAUUGCACAUUGCAGUAUCCAAAAAUGAAACCCAGGCUGUGAAACAUUUAUUAGAUUGGAGUUACAACAUUGUCAAUCUAAACGUAAAGAAUUUAGAGGGUAAAACUGCAUGGGACAUCUUGCAAGGACAAACACAUGUAGACAAUAGCAAGAUCAGGGAUAUGCUACGCCGUGAUAGAGCUAAAUCAGGUUCAUCUCUUUCUACCGUUCAUUGUUGUGAAAAUUACCUAAGGUCGCCAUUUUCAAGGGUUGUUGGGAGUUUGGUAAAGUCCUGGGCUCGUCUAAUAACGGCAUUAUCAGAUGAAAAGCGGAAUGCUCUUCUGGUGGUUGCUGUAUUGCUUGUAACAGUAACUUAUCAAGCGGUACUCAGCCCCCCGGGGGGAAUUUGGCAAGAUGAUACCAAUACGUGUAAUAACACACAUGAAGGGAGUAGGAAUCCUAGAACCAAUUAUCAGAUUGAGUUAAAUUCCACAACAACACAAAAAGCCGGAAGUGGUCAUCCUGGAAUCAAUGAUCGGACUCAGUUCUAUACCACAGUAGUACACCCAGCAGGCAGUACUCAGCUUAGAACCGAUAAUGAGACUCAGUGCAAUGCCACAGCAACACACAUAGCAGGGACAGCCAUCAGUUUGGAAGGAAAAAUGUUUUCGUUUUUCUUGAUUUUUAAUUCUUUGACAUUUAUGUUCUCGAACAUAAUGAUUUGGCUCCUCGUUCCAGUUGGGGAAAUUGGUUUUUUGCUCGUUGCACUCACUCUCGGCCUCUGCGCUUGCUAUCUUGGAUCAUUGACGGUCAUAACAAAGAAUGCGACAAUGCCGGCUAGUUUCAUUCUUCCUGUUAUGGAGGUUUGUUUCUACCCAAUAGCGAUUUGUUUUGCUUAUCAAAUACGCACGCAUAUGGUUCAAUUUAGAAGAUUGCAAGAUUCAACACUACGUGGUCUGCAGAUUCAAUCCUGGGAGAAGAUUUGA